GUGGGGUUUACCUGGUGAAAAGCAGGAGCAGCAGCAGCAGCAGCAGCAGCAGCAGUGGCAACAAGGCUCCUGGGAUUACACAGUUUAGCAUAAUGAGUCCUCCUAUGAAACUCUUCAAAAACCAGAAGUACCAGGAACUGAAGCAAGAAUGCAUCAAAGAUGGCAGACUUUUCUGUGACCCUACCUUUCUGCCUGAGAAUGAUUCACUUUUCUACAACCGACUGCUUCCUGGAAAGGUGGUGUGGAAGCGUCCCCAGGAUAUCUGUGAUGAUCCUCGCUUGAUUGUGGGCAACAUCAGCAACCACCAACUGAUCCAAGGGAGACUGGGGCAUAAGCCAAUGGUCUCUGCAUUUUCCUGCUUGGCUGUUCAUGAGUCUCAUUGGACAAAGACAAUUCCCAACUAUAAGGAACAGGAAUGGGGUCCUCAAAAAUUAGAUAAAUAUGCUGGAAUAUUUCGUUUCCGUUUCUGGCAUUUUGGAGAAUGGACUGAGGUGGUGAUUGAUGACUUACUCCCCACCAUCAAUGGAGAUCUGGUUUUCUCUUUCUCCUCCUCCAUGAAUGAGUUUUGGAAUGCUCUACUGGAAAAAGCUUAUGCAAAGCUUCUUGGUUGUUAUGAGGCCCUUGAUGGUUUGACCACCAGUGAUAUCAUAGUGGAUUUUACUGGCACAUUGGCUGAAACUGUUGACAUGCACAAGGGAAGAUACACUGAGCUUGUUGAGGAGAAGUAUAAGCUGUUUGGAGAACUGUACAAAACAUUUACCAAAGGAGGUCUAAUCUGUUGCUCCAUUGAGUCUCCCAAUCAGGAGGAACAAGAAGUUGAAACUGAUUGGGGUCUGAUGAAAGGUCAUAAUUACACCAUGACUGAUAUUCGCAAGCUCCGUCUUGGAGAGAGACUUGUAGAAGUCUUCAGUGCUGAGAAGUUGUAUAUGGUUCGCCUGAGGAACCCCUUGGGAAGACAGGAAUGGAGUGGUCCUUGGAGUGAAAUUUCUGAAGAGUGGCAGCAAUUGACUGCAACCGAUCGCAAGAAUCUGGGACUUGUUAUGUCUGAUGAUGGAGAGUUUUGGAUGAGUCUGGAGGACUUUUGUCGUAACUUUCAUGAAUUAUAUGUCUGUCGCAAUGUGAACAACCCUAUUUUUGGCCGCAAGGAGCUAGAAUCAAUGGUGGGAUGCUGGACUGUGGAUGAUGAUCCCCUGAUGAACCGCUCAGGAGGCUGCUAUAACAAUCGUGAUACCUUUCUGCAGAAUCCCCAGUACAUCUUCACUGUGCCUGAGGAUGGACACAAGGUUAUCAUGUCACUGCAGCAGAAGGACCAGCGUACUUACCGCCGCAUGGGAAGACCUGACAAUUAUAUAAUUGGCUUUGAACUGUUCAAGGUUGAGAUAAACCGCAAAUUCCGCCUCCACCACCUUUACAUCCAGGAGCGUGCUGGGACUUCAACCUAUAUUGACACUCGUACUGUAUUUCUGAGCAAGUACCUGAAGAAAGGCAACUAUGUGCUUGUUCCAACCAUGUUUCAGCAUGGCCGAACCAGCGAGUUUCUCCUGAGGAUCUACUCGGAAGUGCCUGUCCAGCUCAGGGAACUGACACUGGACAUGCCCAAAAUGUCCUGCUGGAACCUGGCUCGUGGCUACCCAAAGGUGGUUACUCAGAUCACCGUUCACAGUGCUGAGGGCUUGGAGAAGAAGUAUGCAAAUGAAACUGUAAAUCCAUAUUUGGUCAUCAAGUGUGGAAAGGAGGAAGUCCGCUCCCCUGUCCAGAAGAAUACUGUUCAUGCCAUUUUUGAUACCCAGGCUAUUUUCUACAGAAGGACCACUGACAUUCCUAUUGUAGUGCAGGUCUGGAACAGCCGAAAAUUAUGUGAUCAGUUCUUGGGGCAAGUUAUUCUGGAUGCUGAUCCCAAUGAUUGUCGUGAUCUGAAGUCUCUGUACCUGCGUAAAAAGGGUGGCCCAACUGCUAAAGUCAAGCAGGGCCAUAUCAGCUUCAAGGUUAUUUCCAGCGAUGAUCUCACUGAGCUCUAAAUCUCUAUAUCCAGGAAAUCCUGACAGGCCUUUACAUCCUCCUAUUUUCUGUCAGAUAUCAGGUCUUAUUUAAGAUUCCUACAUUCUUUGAAAGAAAGAAACUCACAGUAACUUUUCCUUUAGUCUGAUAAGUUCCCCCAUACCUCCUGUUCCAUGUAGCAUCAGCUACAUAACCUAUAUACCUCCAGUAGCUGGACAGGGGGAGGUGACGAUCCUAUUUGGAGAUCAUACAAAUGCUUGCCAAGAAAAUAUCUCUGGGGCUUCCUGGGGUGAGAUUUAAAGUGGGAUAGUUACAGCAACCUAGAUACUAUAUGAUUUUUUCUUUUUUCUUUUGCUGCUUUGGAGUGCCCAGUAUUUCACCCCUCUAGGGCAUGCUGAGGAAGGAGUAGAGGUGAUCAAGGCCAAGCUGGUCUAGCCUGACAUCACAGCUCCCGAAUAAGCAUGCCAUAUUUCCCAGCAGCAUUUGUACCCAGAAGCCAGAGCUUGCUUUUAAGUCCCCAUUCUUUAUCACCACCACUAGCACCACCUUCUCCACUUCUGUUACCAUCUUCAUCACCAACACCACCAUCACCACCUCUGGGAAGUCUAGUUUUGCCCUAACCUAAGUCACCUCCCACAGUAGGUUUAUACUUUUACUUUGAGGAAGCUUCCUAGGUGCUUAAUCAAGAGCUGGGGUUCAGUGAUGUCUAAAAUUAGUGGGAAGAGCUUGAGCUCCAGCUCAGUUGGAAGCCAGCUGUGUGCCACACAUGGAAAAAGUAGAAGAAGCUGCAGUGGGAGACAGUUUUGUCCCCCACCCAUCCACACACACUACACUCACACAGGCAUGUGGGUGCGCAAGAACUACCAUUUAGACAGUCAGUGGGCAAAAGUAAGGGCAGCUAAUUACUGUACAUCCCCAACCCAACAGAAUGAGAUAAUCCACCUAGGCAUAAAACAGCCAGUUUGGGGCCCAUGACUGCAAUGUGAAACCUCCUGCUGCUCCUCCUAGGUUUAAAAACAAGCCCAUUUUCACGUGCCUCCCAAUAUCAUUGGCACUGAAGACCUUAUUCAGGAGCUUAAGAUUUUUGGGUCCAAGUUCAGACCCCUCAGACUUUUGAUCUUAGUUGGGAAACUUCACUCUCUGGGGGUGUUUGUUUGCCCUCUUGCUUUCUCACAAUUUUACAAGAUUUUCUCUAGUGUCAGUCAUUCUGAAACAUUCUUCCCUCCACGUCAACUACCAGUAGUCUAACCCCUCCUUCAAGGCCCAGAAUAAAUGCCAACUCCUCCAUGAAACCACCCCUUUCAGCCCCAAACCUCAUCUGCAACAAUAUUUCAAUGCUUCUGCAAUGAUUAAAAUUCAUAGUGGUAGUACUUAGGCUAGUUCAGCAAGCAUUCAUUACAAAUAUAUUAUAGUUUGUGUUUUAGCUAGCCCAUCUCCUACAUGUUUUCCAGCCUGUAACUUCUGCAGUGCCUUUACUACACUGCCUUAAUAAUCCAAACCACAAUAAAGUUCACAUUCAACAAACUAA